GUUAGCGUCAGUCAUCUCCCCUGCUGGCUCCAUGGUAACACUGUCAGCCCAGGGACCUGCCUUGUUUAGCAGGUUAGCGUCAGUCAUCUCCCCUGCUGGCUCCAUGGUAACACUGUCAGCCCAGGGACCUGCCUUGUUUAGCAGGUUAGCGUCAGUCAUCUCCCCUGCUGGCUCCAUGGUAACACUGUCAGCCCAGGGACCUGCCUUGUUUAGCAGGUUAGCGUCAGUCAGCUCCCCUGCUGGGCUCCAUGGUAACACUGUCAGCCCAGGGACCUGCCUUGUUUAGCAGGUUAGCGUCAGUCAUCUCCCCUGCUGGCUCCAUGGUAACACUGUCAGCCAGGGACCUGCCUUGUUUAUGGUUUAAUAACAACAAAGGCCAGUGAUUGCUACUAGGAUAAUUAAUUAAUUUAAUAUGCACCACCAGGCUGUGUGUGUGCGUGCGUGCGUGCGUGCGUGCGUGCGUGCGUGCGUGCGUGUGUGCGUGUUUGCGUGUGUGUGUGUGUGUGUGUGUGCGUGCGUGUGUGUGUGUGUGUGUGUGUGCGUGUGUGUGUGUGUGUGUUAGAAGCCAUCAGGUUGAAUUAAUGUUGUAGUUUUACACAGAGAGUGUCACUGUUCAGUUGUCAUAACAAAGAUACUUCAAUGGUUGUAUCCCAAAUGGCACCCUAUUCCCUAUAUAUCCCUGGUCAAAAGUAGUGCACUAUAUAGGGAAUAUGAUGCCAUUUGGGAAAGAUCUAGUGAAUAUAAAAAUAUCUCUGUGUCCUGAAUAUUUUUAACAACUAGCUCUAUCAUUUUAUUAAUUUUUCUAUGUGUAGAUCUAAGUACAUUCCUGGGAAUACUAUUAAAACACAUCACAACGACACUACCGGUCAAAAGUUUUAGAACACCUACUCAUUCAAGGGUUUUUCUUUAUUUUUAAUAUGUUCUACAUUGUAGAACAAUAGUGAAGACAUCAAAACUAUGAAAUAACACAUAUAGAAUCAUGUAGUAACCAAAAAAGUGUUAAACAAAUCAAAAUAUAUUUUAUAUUUGAGAUUCUUCAAAUAGCCACCCUUUGCCUUGAUGACAGCUUUGCACAUUCUUGGCAUUCUCUCAACCAGCUUUUUGAGGUAGUCACCUGGAAUUCAUUUAAAUUAACAGGUGUACCUUCUUAAAAGGUCAUUUGUGGAAUUUCUUUCCUUCUUAAUGUGUUUGAGCCAAUCAGUUGUGUUGUGACAAGGUAGGGGUUGGUGUACAAAAGAUAGCCCUAUUUGGUAAAAUACCAAGUCCGUAUUAUGGCAAGAUCAGCUCAAAUAAGCAAAGAGAAACGACAGUCCAUCAUUACUUUAAGACAUGAAGGUCAGUCAAGCGCUAUGAUGAAACUGGCUCUCAUGAGGACUCCACAUGAAUGGAACACCCAGAGGCACACUUAACCAGCCUGGCUACCACAGCAUUCUGCAGCGAUACGCCAUCCCAUCUGGUUUGGGCUUAGUGGGACUAUCAUUUAUUUUUCAACAGGACAAUGACCCAACACACCUCCAGGCUGUGUAAGGGCUAUUUUUUGGUUACUACAUGAUUCCAUAUGUGUUAUUUCAUAGUUUUGAUGUCUUCACUAUUAUUCUACAAUGUAGAAAAUAGUAAAAAAAAAAAUAAAGAAAAAACCUUUGAAUUAGUAGGUGUUCUAAAACAUUUGACCGGUAGUGUAGAAGCUCACUGCAGGUUGGGAAUAAUACUGCUUGUGACUGCUACCUGAUAGGAUUGUCUAAUCCUAGCCUAAUGUUUCUUAAUCCUGUUCCUGGGGACCAAAAGGGGGUACAUUGGAGUGUUUGCUCUCCCUAGCACUACACACCUGGUUCCACGUAUCAAAGGUGUGAUGAUGAGUUGACCAGUAUGAAGAAACACUGGCCUGUCUGGCCUGCUUUCUACUAGUGAUACAAGGGUCAUGUUCUUUUUGAAUAAUAGCGCACAGAGUGCAGAAAGAGAUUAUGCAAUCGGUGAGCAUUUCACUCUCUCUUGGCUCUGUAGCCACAUAUGACUGGUGGUUGUGGUGUUAGAGAAUGAAUGCUGUUGGUGGUAACAGUGUGUUUUAGGAUUUUAACACUGGGUUGAAGGCUCUCCGGUUUCUCCAGUGAUGAGAAAACAUAGGUGGAAAUUCCUGCUUGUGGCUUGUCUGCAACCUGCGCAACCACAUAAAUAUUAGGUCUCCCUGGGAACACAAUAGUCUUCAUAUUUCUUCCUUUAUUUUGGGGCUGUUUUUUCCCAUGUGGGUCUGCAUUCCUAAGGACACCCUAUUCUCUGUAUAUGGGCCCUGGUUAAAAAUGGUUUAGUAUGUAGGGUGCCACUUGGGCUGCAACCUGGGAUUGUGAGAGGAGAGGAUAGGAGGGUAUCCGAGUCUCUCAGGAACAGAUUACAACAUGUCUGAGAGCUCUGCUGGAGAGAUUAAAGAGAAGCCUUCUCAAUUUACCCAAUCAUAUUGUGAGAGGCAUGCACACACACACACACACACGUGCUUGUGUGUGUGUGUGUGUGUGUGUGUGUGUGUGUGUGUGUGUGUGUGUGUGUGUGUGUGUGUGUGUGUGUGUGUGUGUGUGUGUGUGUGUGUGUGUGUGUGUGUGUGUGUGCGCGUGCGUGCGUGCGUGUGUGUCUCUGUGAUGGCUCAGAGGCCCGUCCACAGUACUCAGCAUCAUCAGGCUGCUCUGCUAGCUAGCAGGCAGGGAGGACACACAGUGGUCAGGAGCCUCAGCCUUACAUAUUCCCUUCCUCCAAGGCCCCAGAUCACAGGAACUGACAGGCCCUCUCUCCGCCCUCCCAGCCCCCCUCAGCCCCCUCCUAACCCAACGCAGCAAUCAUAGAAAGACGCCUGAGUGGAGUCCCCACUUCCAUUUUUCAGGCGGAAACGGAACUUAGGUUGAAAAUACUGUAUCCCUGAAAACCAGAAACAUCCGCUUUCUGCCAACGCCGCUAAGGGUGCCCCCCUCCUAACCCUGGCCUGCCCUGGUCGAUGACAGGGCCUCAACUUUACACUAGACAGAGAGGACCUGGUUGAUCAUUAGCUGGGCAGGCAACUGUUGUCUAGAAUUGACAGUCUAUGCACUUCUGGAACAAGCAAUACAUUUUCUGACUGAUUACAGUUUACAUUUGGUGUCCUGAGGUUUCUUAUUACCUUUUGUUUUUUUAUUAUAAAUGCAUUCGUUUCGCAAUGUGUUAUUUAUUAUGGAAUAUUUACACAAUUGAAAUAUCAACGGUCAGAGUGACCAUCAUGGCCGUUCUCGUAGUGAUGGAAUUCCGGCGCUGUUAACGGGCAUGAAUUGUUCCCGUUAACAUCAACAUUGAUCUGUUAACUGUCCACCAUUUAUUGCAGUCUGUGAUCCUGGUAGUUCAUUCAAACCUCAGGGAAAUAAGUGCAUUGUUCAUUUACUGUUCAUGUACUAGACGAGACAUGAUCAGACAUAAUCCCUCAGAGUUAUAGCAAAGACGUAAAAAAAAUCCUUCUUUGUAAAGUGGGGUUUGAUCAUCAUAGUAACAAUCAUAAUAUUUCUUUAUUGCGUAUUGCAGUCUACGAUAUAACAACAACAAAAAAACAUUGUCAAGGAUAAGGUUUUUACUGCACAUGCUCAGGACAGGAGCUGUAAUAUACCACAGUACAUUGUGUGAGUCGUACUGUAUCCAAGCCACCUGCUUCACCAACCAGGAGUCACUUUCAAAGUGAUCCAGAGCGAAGUAAGCUCAUUAAAUGUUAAUCAGAAAAUCUAUUUUCAGAUCACUUGUAGAUCUGUCAGAGGAUUUCAACCCAAUGGGGACACAUGCCACUCCUAUAGAAAUAAAUUAACAUCCCAUUGCAUUCAGAAUUAUCUUCCACUUGUGGGGGGGGGGGGGGGGGACUGAGUUUGGGAAACCCUGCUGUAGUGUACAGUAGACUGUAGCAGCAGAAAGCCACACUGUGAGGCAGCAGACUAUACACUACAGUAUAUCUCUAGUAGCAGAAAGCCACACUGUGAGGCAGCAGACUGUACACUACAGUAUAUCUCUAGUAGCAGAAAGCCACACUGUGAGGCAGCAGACUGUACACUACAGUAUAUCUCUAGCAGCAGAAAGCCACACUGAGGCAGCAGCUGUACACUACAGUAUAUCUCUAGCAGCAGAAAGCCACCACUGUUGAGGCAAGCAGACUGUACACUACAGUAUAUCUCUAGUAGCAGAAAGCCACACUGUGAGGCAGCAGACUGUACACUACAGUAUUCUCUAGCAGCAGAAAGCCCACCUGUGAGGCCGCAGACUAUACACUACAGUAUAUCUCUAGCAGCAGAAAGCCACACUGUGAGGCAGCAGACUAUACACUACAGUAUAUCUCUAGCAGCAGAAAGCCACACUGUGAGGCAGCAGACUAUACACUACAGUAUAUCUCUAGCAGCAGAAAGCCACACUGUGAGGCAGCAGACUGUACACUACAGUAUAUCUCUAGCAGCAGAAAGCCACACUGUGAGGCAGCAGACUAUACACUACAGUAUAUCUCUAGCAGCAGAAAGCCACACUGUGAGGCAGCAGACUAUACACUACAGUAUAUCUCUAGCAGCAGAAAGCCACACUGUGAGGCAGCAGACUGUACACUACAGUAUAUCUCUAGUCAGCAGAAAGCCACACUGUGAGGCAGCAGACUAUACACUACAGUAUAUCUCUAGUAGCAGAAAGCCACACUGUGAGGCAGCAGACUGUACACUACAGUAUAUCUCUAGUAGCAGAAAGCCACACUGUGAGGCAGCAGACUGUACACUACAGUAUAUCUCUAGUAGCAGAAAGCACACUGUGGGGCAGCAGACUGUACACUACAUAAUCUCUGAGCAAAGCCAAAACUGUGAGGCACAGGACACUAACAGUAUAUCUCUAGCAGCAGAAAGCCCCUGUAGGCAGCGAUUACACACGUAAUCUCUAGUGGGCAGAACCCACACUGUAGCAGCAAACUUCACUACAGUAUAUCUCUAGUAGCAAAGCCAACGUGGGGCACAACUGUACACUACAGUAUAUCUCUAGUAGCAGAAAGCACCUGGGGGCAGCAACUGUACACUACGUAUACUCUAGUAGCAGAAAGCCACACUGUGGGGCAGCAGACUAUACACUACAGUAUAUCUCUAGUAGCAAAAGCCACACUGUGAGGCAGCGACUGUACACUACAGUAUAUCUCUGUACAGAAAGCCCACUGUGAGGCAGCAGACUGUACACUACAGUAUAUCUCUAGUACAAAAGCCACACUGUGAGGCACCCAGACUGUACACUACAUUUAUCUCUAGCAGCAGAAAGCCACACUGUGAGGCAGCAGACUAUACACUACAGUAUAUCUCUAGCAGCAGAAAGCCACACUGUGAGGCAGCAGACUGUACACUACAGUAGAUCUCUAGUAGCAGAAAGCCACACUGUGAGGCAGCAGACUGUACACUACAGUAUAUCUCUAGUAGCAGAAAGCCACACUGUGAGGCAGCAGACUAUACACUACAGUAUAUCUCUAGUAGCAGAAAGCCACACUGUGAGGCAGCAGACUAUACACUACAGUAUAUCUCUAGCAGCAGAAAGCCACACUGUGAGGCAGCAGACUGUACACUACAGUAUAUCUCUAGUAGCAGAAAGCCACACUGUGAGGCAGCAGACUGUACACUACAGUAUAUCUCUAGCAGCAGAAAGCCACACUGUGAGGCAGCAGACUAUACACUACAGUAUAUCUCUAGCAGCAGAAAGCCACACUGUGAGGCAGCAGACUAUACACUACAGUAUAUCUCUAGUAGCAGAAAGCCACACUGUGAGGCAGCAGACUGUACACUACAGUAUAUCUCUAGCAGCAGAAAGCCACACUGUGGGGCAGCAGACUAUACACUACAGUAUAUCUCUAGUGCAGAAAGCCACACUGUGAGGCAGCAGACUGUACACUACAGUAUAUCUCUAGUAGCAGAAAGCCACACUGUGAGCAGCAGACUGUAAAACUACAGUAUAUCUCUAGCAGCAGAAAAGCCACACUGUGAGGCAGCAGACUAUACACUACAUUUAUUCUUUAGCAGCAAAAGCCACACGUGAGGCAGCAGACUAUACACUACAUAUUCUCUAGCAGCAAAAGCCCACCUGUGAGGCAGCAGACUGACACUACAGUAUAUCUCUAGCAGCAGAAAGCCACACUGUGAGGCAGCAGACUAUACACUACAGUAUAUCUCUAGUAGCAGAAAGCCACACUGUAAAGGCAGCAGACUUUACACUCAGUAUAUCUCUAGUAGCAGAAAGCCACACUGUGAGCAGCAGACUGAAACACUACAGUAUAUCUCUAGUAGCAGAAAGCCACACUGUGAGGCAGCAGACUGUACACUACAGUAUAUCUCUAGCAGCAGAAAGCCACACUGUGAGGCAGCAGACUGUACACUACAGUAGAUCUCUAGUAGCAGAAAGCCACACUGUGAGGCAGCAGACUAUACACUACAGUAUAUCUCUAGUAGCAGAAAGCCACACUGUGAGGCAGCAGACUGUACACUACAGUAUAUCUCUAGUAGCAGAAAGCCACACUGUGAGGCAGCAGACUGUACACUACAGUAUAUCUCUAGUAGCAGAAAGCCACACUGUGAGGCAGCAGACUAUACACUACAGUAUAUCUCUAGCAGCAGAAAGCCACACUGUGAGGCCGCAGACUGUACACUACAGUAUAUCUCUAGCAGCAGAAAGCCACACUGUGAGGCAGCAGACUGUACACUACAGUAUAUCUCUAGUAGCAGAAAGCCACACUGUGAGGCAGCAGACUGUACACUACAGUAUAUCUCUAGCAGCAGAAAGCCACACUGUGAGGCAGCAGACUGUACACUACAGUAUAUCUCUAGUAGCAGAAAGCCACACUGUGAGGCAGCAGACUGUACACUACAGUAUAUCUCUAGCAGCAGAAAGCCACACUGUGAGGCAGCAGACUGUACACUACAGUAGAUCUCUAGUAGCAGAAAGCCACACUGUGAGGCCGCAGACUAUACACUACAGUAUAUCUCUAGUAGCAGAAAGCCACACUGUGAGGCCGCAGACUAUACACUACAGUAUAUCUCUAGUAGCAGAAAGCCAC